AUGAGAGCCGUAUACGCGUAUGUUUCACGUUCAGACGCGAUCCUCAGUUCCGAGGCCGCUUUGGAAAAGAUUGUGCAGGGAGGAUAUACUCUCAUCUGCUUCAAUGAUUACAUUUCCGUUAUCGUUGCAUCUUAUUACACGGAUGAUCAGGGCCGUACACCAUACUAUAUAAGCAGAAAAGGUUUUUCCGUGUUCGCCAAUCUUGGAUGGGCUUUUAGGAAAGGAGCACCCUUCUACGAUCGAUUUAAUCUGCUGUUGAAUAGAUUGGAAGACACGGGUAUCACAAGUCACUGGACAAAAGACGUCUUGAGGAGGCGCAUUAAGGAAAACAGAGUAAUGAUCAAUAAAAACAAAGAGACAAGACAAGCGGAAAUACUUCAGAAAAACUCCUGCCUCAACUACACGCACGUGAUCGAAGACAAGAAACUUCCAUUCCCCGAUGUGCUAGUCCACCGCGAAGAAUCUUUAUUCUCCUUAACCGUAUACAUCAAGUCAACCAACCUUGGUUUCUCCCUUAAUGGAAAGUGUGAUUACACGGAGAAAUAA